AUGACAGACAAAGGAUUUGGCAAAAGCUUCUGGAAAAGGUACUUUAAGGCAACGCCGAAGACGGAAGAAGAUCCGCAAAAUGUGUCAAAAGUGUACGGUUUUUCGAAAAUACAUAAUGUUUAAAGUUUUUCUAUUUAAAUGUUUCAAAAAUUUUUGCUUACAGAGAAGAGGAAGUUGCCCUGGUCACAUCGAAAUCAAAAUUCUCAUCAGAAACUAACGGAAAAGAGAACAGAAAAAAACCUAAGAAGCGAAAAAGAGCAGUUAUCAAGAACGAUGAGUUUUCAAAGUUCUUCAUGCAGCAGAUUGAAGUCCGUGUGCCGCUCGGACUCCAGAUGUACACUUCCCAAAGACUGAUAAGUCUACGUGUUCUGCAAGCGCUCGAAGGCAAUCUGAAUGUGCUCGCCGAAAGCCCGACUGGAAGCGGGAAGACGAUGGCGCUGCUCUCUUCCUCGUGUGCAUGGCUCAGGAAGUUCAUGGACGAGAGGAGAGAUUCGAGGGAAAAAUGCGAAAUACAUGGCAGGAUGUCGAAUGGAAGAGUGAAAGAGGAAAGUGAAGGAGAAGAAGCCGAAGACGCGGAUGAGACCGUGUCAGAUGUGAAGCCGCAGAUAACUCUUAAGUCUGAAGAUAUUUGUGAGUAUUUAGCUUUUUUAAAUCCGAUCAAAUUUUAUUACAGUCGAGAAUGAGUGGGUCGACGACUUUGUUCCACAUUCUUCAGGCAGCAUUCCAGUCAAGAAAGAGCCAGUGGAGCCCAAACAAGAGCCAUGUGAACUGAAAAAAGAGCUAGUUGAAGUGAAGAAGGAGCCACAAUGCACUUGUUUGCCACGUACUCGCAUUUACUACGGAACACGAACUCACAAGCAGAUUGCGCAAGUUGUCAAGGAAUUUUCUCGUCUGCCAUACGCCAACAUCAUCAAGCACACGAUUCUGGCGAGUCGAGAGCAGUCCUGCAUCAACCCAACCGCCAGAAGACAGCAGGAUAUUGCUGGAUACUGUAAGGAGGUGAACAGUGCUCACGGGGUAUGUUCAACAGUUUUUCAAUUUCGCAAUGAACUUUUUAAAUUUUAGAUCGGAUGUUCAUUCAAAACUGCCAUGAAGCCUCGCUUCGAGAAGGCACGUGCACUUCGCGAUCACCUCGAAAUGAACGGAACAGUCGUGUUUGACAUUGAGCAAGCCGUCGAGACUCUUGCCCUAUCAUCCCCUCAGCUCUGCCCAUAUUUCUGCACAAAUCGUGUGCUCACCCAGGACGCCGACCUUAUUUUUUGUCCAUUUUCGUACCUUGUCGAUCCUCUGAUCCGCCACUCUUCCGACGUGAUUCUCAAGGAGUCGAUCAUCAUUCUCGACGAAGCGCACAAUAUUGAAGACGUCUGCAGGGCGUCCGCAAGCUUCUCGUUCACCGAAAAAGAGCUUGACGACUCGCUUUUGUCGCUGAAUCAGAGAAGUUUGACAGAGCAACUCUGAAAUAAAAUGAUUGACCUGUAUUCAGAAAUGCAAUGCGAUGUAGAGAUGAACAAAACGGAUCGAGAGUGCGAGAUUUCACAGCCAGUCGAUCGAAUAACCGUAUUGAGACAAGUGCGCGGAUAUCUAUUGUGCAUCGAGAACCUGAUUCUGGAAAUCAUAAAAUGGAUCAGAACGGUGGCACGUCACGCGUCCGAAGUGAGAGAUGUGAUGAAGACGUACAGAGCGUGCACACUUCCCUCCUGGAUGCUUCUCUCGUCGCUGACGAAUGUCGAGCAAGGAAUCGACCUGUACAACCCGCCCGACACUCCCAAGCACAAGGAGAUCAGCGCAGCGUUUGCAUCAAUCACGAGACACAACGAGCCGGAAAUGCAGUAUUUCGAUCAGUUCAAACCGAACGCCACGGCUAUUGUUUGUAUCGAAAAGUGGUUGUACUUCCAAUCGUUCUUCGGACAGGAAAAGUAUCAGCCCACUUAUCGGUAACUUUCAGUUAAAGGUUUUUGAAAUCAUACAAAACCUUCAGAUUGAACAUGACUAUCGAGCCGUUGAUCUACAAUACUAUGAACACGACGUUCGAUGGAAAUCUGACACAGUUUCACGGCCGGAGGAAAUCUGCCGGGCCGAGAAAUCAGCGAUACCAAGACGAUUUGAAUAUAACUCAAGUCAAACAGGAACCUAACGAAUGGUAAAUUCAGUAAAAACUAGAGUUUUUGUAAAACUUACGUUUUAGGGUAGAUGCUGAUGACGGCAAUCAAUACGUGGACCCAUCCAUCUCGGCGAUGGGUCAAGAGCCGAUUGCUGCUGGCUGCAAGACGACGAUCAACAUGUGGUGCAUGAGCCCUGCUAUUGUACGCUUCCUCCGUUUCUUUUGCUUCUGAAAAUGAUUUUCCUUCAGACGUUCACCGACGCCUUCCACGAAUCCCGAGCAGUGCUACUCGCGUCAGGAACUCUCUGCCCUAUGGAUACGCUCAAAACAGAGCUCGGAAUGGAAUUCAAAUACGAAGUGGAAGGCGGACAAGUGAUUCCGACAGAAAACAUCUUCGCCGCCGUUCUUCCAGUGGGCCCAUAUGGAAAUCGGCUUCUGGCCACGUACGAUAACACGAACGAUCCCCACUCUGCAUUCUAUUCCGAAGUCGGCGCUGUCAUCAAGUAUGUUAUCAGUUAGCUAAACUGAAAAUCUUUCAAUUUUGCAGACACGUCUGUCUGAACGUUCCAUCCGGAAUUCUGUGCUUUGUACCGAGCUAUCGUGUUCUGGAACAACUCAAAACGCGCAUGGAAAAGGAGUCCGUGAUGCGACAAAUCGAAAUGAAGAAGCGGGUUUUAUUUGAACCGAGGAAAUCAUCUCUACUCUCGGGUGUAAUGGAUGAGUACGAAGAUGCGAUCAGCAAUCCGAAGAAGUUCGGAGAUGACAUCACCGGAGCUUUAAUGUUCGCAGUUUUCCGGGGAAAGGUUUCCGAAGGCAUUGAUUUUGCGGACGAUCGCGCCAGAGUUGUCAUUUCCGUUGGAAUUCCGUUCCCGAACUCUGCCGACGAUCAGGUGAAGGCGAAGAAGGCGUACAACAAUAUGCAUUCCAAGCAGCUCGGUAUUCUGAAUGGAGACCAGUGGUACACGACACAAGCCUACCGAGCAUUGAAUCAGGCUCUCGGAAGGUGUCUCCGUCACAAAAACGAUUGGGGAGCCAUGAUUAUGCUGGAUGAGCGGCUCGUUCGACAAGCCGACAAGACGCUCGGAGGGCCGUCUUCUGCGAGGCUUUCAAAAUGGAUCCGUGAUCAGCUCAAGUCGUACAACAAUUUCAAAAGCUUCAACGCCGAUUUUCGAGAUUUUAUUCUCGGGAAAAUUGCGGCGACGUCGCCGCCAAAAAGCGAAGAAGAUCAAUAG